AUGGACUCAGACCAACUACAUACCAAAGUUACGUUAUUGAACGACGCCCUCGAUGACCUCGAGGCGAAGCUUGAGCCUCUGCUGGCGCAGUCGUUGCCAGAAACCGUGGUCGGGCUAGAACGCAUACAACAAGCAAAGCUGCAAGUUGCUCUGCCGUACCUCGUCUACGACUUAAUUUUCAUCUAUCUCAAAACUAAGGGCGUUGAACCCAAGACGCAUCCUGUCGUGGAGGAGUUGGCUCGUAUACGACAGUACUUUGACAAAAUCAAGGAUGCAGAAAACCCUGCAAAGAGAACGACGGAGGUAGACAAGGCCGCCGCGAAUCGCUUCAUCAAACACGCCAUCGCCCAGGUCAAGGCACAACGGCCUCCAGGAGACAACGAAGGCCCUUCACACAUUCGCUUCGAUGACAGCGGAAUCGCAUCUGUACCCGUCAAGGUCACGAGUAAAAUGAUUGCCCGAGCCCAGUACGAAAAGGAAUUGGCAGAGAUGGGUAGCGAAGAAGAGGACGACCUCCAAAUUAUCGACGACGCCGAAGGUGCUACAAAUGAAAUCGCAGAAGUAACUCCUCCGAGCAUCGGGAAAGGAAAGGCGCGCGCCGUGGACGAAACUGAAUCCACUACGUCCGCACCUGGGCGAAAGCGCAGGCGUCCACAAGUGGACCCAUUCGCAGGUUACGGGGACGCGCCAAAUGGCGCUACACAAUCAGAAGACACAUCGAAGCGUAGCAAAACAUCGCGCGACCAGUCAACAAGCGACGUCGAGAUGGCCAAUACAACACCUCAAGACAGCGGCCGCAGUACGCCGCUGUCUGCAUCGGAGCAAGCAAAGAAAGAAAGAAAGGCAGCGAAGAGGGCAAGGCAAAGAGUAAAGAAAAGACCGUCGAAGACCUAG